UCAACGGUCAAAUCAGCGAACCCUUGCGUUAAGCAUGAAUCGGAAUCGUGGAAAUUUUAGUUUCCAGAUGCGUCGCAAUCGAUCAAUACAGCCACAGCAUAAUGCAAAGGACCAAAGCCGCAGCUACUCCCUUAAUGCAGUUCCCCCACCAAGUUCUCUGUGUGGCCGAUCAUCAGUAGUGCCACCGCCAAAAUCCUUCAAUCAGGGUUCGGGGAUUUCCAAGCAUGGCUAUCACACCAUCGAAUCGAUGCAUCAGUUUUCCAACCCAUCGCAGUAUUCGGUAGGAAAACGCCGAGGCAGAACGGAAGACGAAUAUUUUGACGAGGAAGACGAACCAACCGGACAGCAUUUAGAGUACAUACCAGCGCCGGGUUCUCCAUCGGCAGCCGAUUCAGCUUCGAAGGACAAAGAUUCAUCUGACGAAGAGGAAGACCCACUAGACGCGUUUAUGGCUGGCAUCGAAGAGCAGGUGAAAAUAGAGAACAAAAAGAUUCCUCAAUCACAUGUGGAUCCUAAAAAAGGCACGCGAGGCGACAUUGACGAUGAAGAUGACGAGGAAAGCUAUUACCGAUACAUGCAAGAGAAUCCGCACGCCGGUCUAAUAGAUGAAGGUUCCGACGCGGAGCUGGAAUACGACGAGGAUGGUAACCCGGUGCCACCACCAAGACGCCGUGAAAUUGAUCCCCUGCCCGCUAUCGAUCACUCGGAGAUUGAGUAUUUAAAGUUUGAGAAAAAUUUCUACAUCCCCCACGAGGACAUUGUUAAUCUGUCGCUUGCAAAGGUGCAGGAACUUCGCCAGACGCUGGGCGUUAAAGUAAGCGGCCCGAUGCCACCGCAUCCGGUAACCAGUUUUGCUCACUUUGGGUUUGAUGAAUCGCUGAUGAAAGCGAUUCGUAAGUCCGAGUACAGCACACCGACACCGAUACAGGCCCAAGCAAUUCCAGCCGCACUAAGCGGGAGAGACAUCAUUGGUAUCGCAAAGACGGGUAGCGGCAAAACGGCCGCCUUCCUCUGGCCAAUGUUGGUUCACAUUAUGGAUCAACGUGAGUUAGGGCCUGGUGAUGGUCCUAUCGGGUUGAUUCUGGCACCGACGCGUGAGUUGUCGCUGCAAAUCUACAGCGAGGCAAAGCGAUUCGGUAAGGUGUAUAACAUCAGCAUUUGCUGCUGCUACGGUGGAGGCUCGAAGUGGGAACAGAGUAAGGCGCUCGAGCAGGGUGCGGAAAUAGUGGUCGCUACGCCUGGUCGAAUGAUCGAUAUGGUGAAAAUAAAAGCAACCAAUCUGCAGCGAGUCACGUACCUGGUGCUGGACGAAGCGGACAAAAUGUUCAACAUGGGCUUUGAACCGCAGGUCCGUUCCAUCUGCAACCACAUUCGUCCCGACCGGCAGACACUGUUGUUCAGUGCUACGUUCAAGAAGCGCGUGGAAAAGCUGGCCCGUGACGUGCUGACCGAUCCGGUGCGCAUCAUUCAUGGCGACUUGGGAGAAGCCAAUUCGGACGUAACGCAGCACAUCGUCAUACUACCGAAUGUACCGAACAAAUGGAGCUGGCUGCUAACCAACCUGGUGCAGAUGCUUUCCGAGGGCAGCGUGUUGAUCUUCGUCACGAAAAAAGCCGACGCCGAACAGGUAGCCAACAACCUGCGGCUCAAGGAAAAUGAUGUGGUGCUACUGCACGGUGACAUGGACCAAUCGGAACGUAACUCGGUAAUUACGCGGUUUAAGCGCAGAGAUGUGGACAUAAUGGUAGCUACGGAUGUGGCAGCUCGUGGUCUCGACAUUCCUCACAUUCGCACCGUGGUCAAUUACGAUAUUGCGCGUGACAUCGAUACCCAUACGCAUCGUAUUGGGCGUACGGGUCGUGCCGGGGAGAAGGGUACGGCAUACACGUUGAUCACUGACAAGGAUAAAGAAUUUUCCGGCCAUCUGGUACGCAAUCUCGAAGGUGCAAACCAGGAAGUGCCAGAAGAUUUAAUGAAACUCGCCAUGCAAAGCUCCUGGUUCCGGAACAGUCGCUUUAAGCAGGCGAAUAAGGGCAAGAAUUUAAAUGUUGGCGGCGCGGGGUUGGGUUUCCGCCAGCGAGCAGUUCAUCGAGGUCCGAUGAGUCGCCCAUUAAAUGCUACCCCUGCAUCGGAUGAAGCCGAACCAUCCGACCCAACGCCGGGCUCCUCAAAGGGUCCGGCAACCGAUCGUUUGUCUGCCAUGCGAGAAACUUUUCGCGCUCAUUACAACGCACAGUUUAAGGCGUCCAGCGAUAGGACGUGGGAAAAAACGGUACCGGAAGGAGGCGUUUUCGUGAAACCAUCCACCGUAUCACGAUCUGAAUCGAUUACCGGCGAGGAUGAUACAUACGAGCAAACAGCAGCCGACACGGCCCAUGACAAUGAUACGGUUCCGCGGAAGAAAAAAAGCAGAUGGAACUAA